AUGGUUCGAGGAACUGUUGCGCUUCUGGCCCUCGCUGGUCCGGCUCUUGCUGGUGUGGCCAAGGAUCAUUCUUCGCCCAAGCUUCCGGGUCCCCAUGAACCCCACAAGCAUGUUGCCAAGCCCGACAAGGUGUUGACUGCUACUGCGCCUCACAUUACUGUCACCAAGACCUCUACUUAUGUGACCACCGAGUGCCCUGUGACCUCGUCUGUUGUCACCUCGGGCACCAAGACCCUCACGGUCCCAAUCACUCUGACCAACACCGUCACCAAGACCACCACUUGGUCUGACGAGGAGGCUCCCACCGGCAAGAAGCCUGUGGUCCCGACUGGCACUGGACACCCCGUCCCGCCGCCGCCUCACCACACCACUGUCGUGCCUCCCAAGAAGCCAGUCCCGACUGGACACAACAGCACCAUUCCCCAUCCCACCACUCAGCCUGCUCCUUACCACAACACCACUGCCCCGCCGGGUCCAGUUAAGCCUACGUCCAAGCCUGUUCCUGUUCCUCUUCCUCAGCCCUCUCCCGGCACCCCCGGUACCCCUGGAACCCCCGGUACUCCCGGUACUCCUGGCACUCCUGGCGAGCCUGGCACCCCCGGCACCCCUGGUACUCCCGGAACCCCUGGUACUCCUGGCACUCCGGGCGAGCCUGGCACUCCUGGCACUCCUGGCACCCCCGGUACUCCUGGUACUCCUGGUACUCCUGGCGAGCCUGGCACCCCCGGCACCCCUGGUACUCCCGGAACCCCUGGCGAGCCUGGCACUCCCGGAACCCCUGGUACUCCUGGCACUCCGGGCGAGCCUGGCACCCCCGGUACUCCUGGUACUCCUGGUACUCCUGGCGAGCCUGGCACUCCCGGAACCCCUGGUACUCCUGGCACUCCGGGCGAGCCUGGCACCCCCGGUACUCCUGGUACUCCUGGUACUCCUGGCGAGCCUGGCACUCCCGGAACCCCUGGUACUCCUGGUACUCCUGGCGAGCCUGGCACUCCUGGAACCCCUGGUACUCCUGGCACUCCGGGCGAGCCUGGCACUCCUGGCACUCCUGGCACCCCUGGCACCCCUGGCACCCCUGGUACCCCCGGUACUCCUGGCCAGCCCGAGCAGCCCGAAGAGCCUGAGGAGCCUGAACAGCCUGAGGAGCCUGAACAGCCUGAACAGCCCGAGCAGCCUGAAGAGCCCGAGCAGCCUGAACAGCCCGAGCAGCCUGAGCAACCCCAGAAGCCCGAGGAGCCUGAGCAGCCAACCGGAGUGUCUCCUGCUCAGCCCACUAGCUCGCCCUCUGGACAGCCCUUCACCGGCGCUGCUCAGGCCGUCAAGCCUACCGUCGGCCUCCUGGCUGCUGUCAUGGCUGUCAUGGUUCUCCUCUAAAUCAGUUCUUUCUAACUUGGCUCUCUAGCACCUGCUAUCAGGUUGCUAAAAGCCACCACUACACUUGGGUAAUGGUAUCUCGGAGUUGCUUUUAUAUGGUCUGUUUUUGGUCUUUUCUUUUUUCUUUU